UGUGCGACUUGAUGGUGCUCGCUGAGCCGUUGUAGGACGACCAGAUAACGGAUAACCGACACGGGAGCGGAACAAACACACACGGGGGGGCUGCCGUUGUGUGACAAAGGACAUUUCGGGAUUUUUGUGUGUGUGUUUCGUUUCAUCGGCGAGCUUUUUGUUUCCUUGUUGAAGGAGGGGAGAGGCAGGACUCAUCAGCGGAGCCGCGCAUGACGGCGUGGUGAGGCUUGUUCCCCCGCCCUGAGAACGUCUGGAGGACAUCAGGGGGGGCCACGCCAGGGCUGAUUAAAAAGGAGCAAAACAGAACCCUCACCUUGCCCCCCCCCUCCCUUUCCUCCCCCUUUCCAUCCUCCUCCUCCUCCAUCCUCACCGGCCGAGAAGACAUCGGUGGUCCAAGAGGGUCCCCAUGCAGUCCCCCGCCAUGGAGACGACCAAGCUGCCCCCGUCCAGCCCGUCCUCGCCCACCACAAGCUUCUCGGUGCCGUCAGCGGAGAAGGUGGACGGCUUCCCGCGGCGCUCCAUGCGCAGGGUGCGCCAGAGGAGGUCCCACAGCUCGUCCCAGUUCCGGUACCAGAGCUCCCAGGUGGAGCUCACACCUCUGCCCCUCCUCAAAGAUGCUCCCGUCGCCGAGCUCCACGAACUGUUCAGCAAGAAGCUGCAGCAGUGCUGCGUGCUCUUCGACUUUCUGGACUGCGUGGCCGACCUGAAGGGCAAGGAGAUCAAACGUGCGGCUCUCAACGAGCUGGUGGAGAGCGUGGCCACCAGCAGAGGUGUCCUCACGGAGCCGCUCUACCCAGAGAUCAUUAAAAUGAUUUCGGUGAACAUCUUCCGCACUCUGCCACCGAGUGAGAAUCUUGAGUUUGACCCAGAGGAGGACGAGCCCACACUGGAGGCUUCCUGGCCGCAUCUUCAGUUGGUGUAUGAGUUCUUUCUGCGUGUCUUGGAGAGCCCAGACUUCCAGCCCUCAGUGGCCAAACGCUAUGUGGACCAGAAGUUUGUCCUGCAGCUCCUGGAGCUCUUUGACAGCGAGGACCCCAGGGAGAGGGAGUACCUGAAGACCAUACUCCACCGCGUUUAUGGAAAACUACUGGGCCUCCGAGCUUACAUCCGCAAGCAGAUCAACAACAUCUUCCUCAGGUUCAUAUAUGAAACUGAGCACUUCAAUGGAGUCGCGGAGCUGCUGGAGAUCCUCGGCAGCAUCAUAAACGGCUUCGCUCAGCCUCUGAAGGCCGAACACAAGCAGUUCCUGGUGAGGGUUCUCAUCCCUCUGCACACGGCAAAGUCCCUCUCUAUAUUUCACGCACAGAUGGCAUACUGCGUGGUGCAGUUCAUGGAGAAAGACGCCACCGUGACUGAAUAUAUCAUCCGAGGGCUGCUGAAAUACUGGCCAAAGACGUGCACGCAGAAGGAGGUGAUGUUCCUGGGUGAGAUCGAGGAGAUCCUGGACGUCAUCGAGCCAUCUCAGUUCAUCAGGGUUCAGGAGCCGCUCUUCAAGCAGAUCGCAGGCUGCAUCGCCAGCCCUCACUUCCAGGUGGCCGAGCGUGCCCUCUACUUCUGGAAUAACGAGUACAUACUGAGUCUGAUCGAGGAGAACUGUCAAGUCAUCCUGCCGUUGGUCUUCGCCACCCUCUACAGAGUCUCCAAGGAGCACUGGAACCCAACCAUCGUGUCUCUGAUCUUUAAUGUGCUGAAGACCUUCAUGAAGAUGAACAGCACUUUGUUUGAAGACCUCACCGCCUCCUACAAAGCAGAGAAACAGAAGGAGAUGAAGCGGGAGAGGGAGCGUGCUGAGCUGUGGCGAGGCCUGGAGGAGCACCAGGAGCGCUGGCUACAGAUGCUGACCGAGGCCGCCCGCAACCAGCGCAACCUCCAGGAUCGAGGUGAGAGGGAGGAUGCGCCGCCUCGCACGUCCCCGCAGGCGGCCCGCGCCGACCUGCCUGAGGCCCAGCCCGGCAGGGGUGGCCCGGGUGAGAGCGCCACCUAGGUGCAGGCGUGGAGGCGGUGCUCAAACACUUCAGUCAGAAAACGGUACAGUGGAACCCAAUGAAGUCAGUCCUGCUUAUGUCGACAACCUGUCUAUGUCACGUCCCGGUCGACUGUUUUGUUAUCGCAAAAAAGCACCCGCUUAAGUUGAUGUCGACAUAAAAUUGACCCAAAAUAAUCAUUUCUAUGAUAAAUGGGUCCGACAAAUGUAGUAGUGUUGUUACCUCAUCAUUAUUGGUAAACCAUGUAAACCAGUAACAAACCUACUGUCUAGUUGCACAGUGACUUCCUUCCGUCGGAAGAAAACUGUUCCCAUGUAUGAAAGCUUUAUUGUCAAUGUCGUGUAGACAUACGAUUAAAUUAUCACGUAUAAUUAAGUAUAUCAAGUAUAUGAGAAUCAAAUUAAAAAUCUACAAAGUCGGAAAAACAUGUCAACAAACAAAUAUCCUUCAUCAUCCACUCUUCUUCCAUUCUCUAUGGACGAAGUCACAAAUAAAUGGCUUCGAUUAUGUCGACAACCUUCUGAUGUCGAUGUCCAUCGGCCAUUCCAGUGGGCGUCGACAUAAGCGGGUUCCACUGUACAAAGCGAAUCGAUAUUUUAGUGUUCGUGUUUCUUUUUCACAUUGUCUUAAAAGGUACUUUAUAUCGAUUGUUUUUGUAUUCUGAGAAAAAAACAAACCUGAUACUGAAACUUUAUUUUCUAUUCGAUAAGGAAAUGUAAUUUUGUUUGAAGACAAGGGUCAGGUUUGUGUGUGUUCAUGUGUGUGUGUGUGUGUGUGUGUGUGUGUGUGUGUGUGUGAAACAUUGUUUACAUGAGAAUGUAUCAUUAAACAAAACGAUUGUUAAUGACCUACCUUUUAACCAAAUAAGUCAAGUUUCGGAAUCCAAGCGUCAAGAAAUAUAAUUAGCGUGUUCCAGUUUACAGACACAAUGAAGUUUAUGCUGAAUUUUCCAUUUUAUUUUAUUUUAUUUUAUUUUAUUUUAUUUUAUUUUAUUUUAUUUUAUUUUAUUUUAUUUUAUUUUAUUUUAUUUUAUUUUAUUUUAUUUUAUUUUAUUUUAUUUUAUUUUAUUUUAUUUUAUUUUAUUUUAUUUUAUUUUAUUUUAUUUAGCGCUUUGUUUUGGACUGCAGAGAGUGGGGACCUACCUUCUUAUUUAAAAGAAUAAUAAUAAUAAUGCUCAUCGCCCCCUGGUGGCUGGAAGGUUUAUUUAAUGCUGCUGAUACGCUUAAACUAGCCCCCCCCCCCCCCCCCAAAAAAAAAACAAAAAAACAAAUGAGGCAAAACAAAUCAAAUACAUUUUUUGGUGAUUGUUUUACAUUCCAAUUUGAUUGUUCUCCUCAACUGCAACUCUGUGUGUGUUUGUGAGUGUGAGUGUGUGUGUGUGCGCGCACGUGUGUAUUCACAUCCAUCUCACUCCUUCAUUGCCCCCCUUAUGGCGGCUUUUAUCACAAAGGAGUGGGGGAAGAGGCGGGGGAUGUUGCAGGCCGAGGAAAGUCCUAGAUGUAGACGUGCUAGAACGGCAAUAAGUCAGUCGGCGCCGUGCGAGUGUCGUUCCAAAUGCAUUCUAACGUAGCAAUUUCACUCAAACUCCUAGAUUUGCACUGUCCUGAUGCCCGACGAGUCUGUGGUUGUUGUCUUCUUCAAGAUGAAAAAACUUGUUUCAUGACAAUAAGAGAUCUUCUUCUGAGAGGAAGCUGAUGUAUAUUUUGGGCGGGUGUUUUUAAGUUGAAUGUAGAAAGGAUUACUGUAAGUAACGUUAGACUGGAAAGGGAUCGGGAGGGGGGGGACAUUAACU